AGCGGAAGUAAAACAAAGGUGCUGUUGAAAAUGUCAACCGUAAAAGACUUGAAAAUCACGUAUAACCCCGCGAACAAUGAAACCAACACUUUCACCGUCGGAGACACAGUAACGGGACAGGUGGAGCUGGAGCUGCACAAACAGUGUGAGCCACAGUCUCUGUCCAUCAAGUUCAAAGGAAAGGCAGAAGUUUUGUGGACUGAGCGACACGGAAAAACCACUGUGGUUUACCACGCCAAGAACAAGUACUUCAGCAUCAAGCACCACUUCAUUAAAGAUAAAGACAAAACGGACAGUGACGGUGACAGGAUUCUGUCUGGAGACAUUGGUAAAACCUAUAGUAAUGUUCUUCCUCCUGGACGCCAUAUCUACCCAUUUACAUUUAAGUUUCCACUGGAACGCACACCUUCCUCCUUUCACGCUGACACCGGUAAAAUUGUGUAUUUGCUCGAAGCCAAGUUGAGCCGAUCAAUGAGGAUUCCCAAGAAAGAUACAACAAAGCUCAACUAUGUGACACAAGACGUUAUGGACCACAACCCAGAGCUAAAGGAACCACAACAUGAAACUAAAGACAAGAAACUAAAACUUUUUAACUCAGGAACAGUCUCGAUGGACGUAGAUCUGGAAAAACUGGGUUUUUACCAAGGAGAGAGCAUAAAGGUUUUGGCUGACAUUCAGAACAACUCAACUCGAGACAUCAAGCCCAAGUUUUGCGUGUACAGCAAGCACAGCUUUUUCGCUAAUGGCAAGAGAAGACUUCAUACCAAAGACCUGGUCAAAGAGGUGGGGGCACCCAUCCCUCCCUCCAGCCGCCAGAAGGUGACCCAGCUCAUCAACAUCCCCCCCGACAUGGAACCGUCCAUCCACAACUGUGACAUCAUAAAGGUGGAGCACAGGCUUAGGGUGUAUCUGGAUGUCAAAUAUGCCUCUGACCCAGAAAUCAAAUUCCCCAUUGUGAUUCUCAAUGCUCACCACUUUGCUGCCAACGGCCCACCACCGGCUGCUUCAGGAUUUGGAUUUGGAGCCUAUGGAAAUGCCAACUUUCCAUUGUACAACCAAAUGCCAUAUGCACCACAACCUGGACCAUAUUCACCACCAGGGGCAAUGCUGCAACCUUCAGCUCCACCACCAAACCCCUCGGACCUCCCUCCUCCAUACACUGCUUAUGGGAUGUACCCUUCUCUAUCACAGUAUGACACCAAACCAUAGUAUGAUGUUUAUUGUAUUUUGUCAAUACUACAGGAACAAGUUUUUAAAUGUAAUCUCUUUUGUCUAUAUACCAGUUAACCUCAAUGUAUGCUAACGUGGAGGCAGGGGCGGGGCAGGAGGUGUCUGGUGUCUGGUGCCUGGUGCUUCAGCUUUGGUUUAAAUUGAACCUGAUUUUAGCAGUUGAACCUUUUAAGCAUUUGUUUGGCCAUAUUUCACAACAGGAUGGCCUUACAAUUUGUUUCCGAGUUGAAAUAGUUUUAACCCAUAAUGGACACUUAUGGGUGAACAAAUUUUUUUUUAUUAUUUGACUUUUAUUUAACCAGGAAAGUCCCAUUGAGAAUACUAAUCUCUUUUUCAAGGGAGGAUUUAUGAGAUGGCAUAGGACAAAACCUCAAGAGUUACUGACACCAAACGGCUUUCAUGUAGUUGUGUUCUUAUGUAUUGAUUUGUGUUGUAUAAUGUUUUAUAAGCAGAACUUUACAUGUAUUGUCAGUUUACAUAUUAAAUAAUUACCAUGGC